AUGUACCGCCGGUUAUUUGUGGAUCCUCGAUACCAAGAGGGCCUAUCUGCGCUGGCUCUGCGUGAGCAUGAAGGUGCGACAGACUCACAAAGCGGUUCAUGGUUCUGGGCAGACGUGGACAGUCAGUUUUGUCGGAAUCUCAGUUCAUUUGAGUUUUUCUAUAAGCUCGAACAGCCCCCUUCAUUUGCCUGGGUUUUAAGAAUCCGAACUUAAAUUCUUGACAGAUCCAACUUAUUAUUUUGUUUUUUUGUGGUGCGACGACCAGCUCAAAGAACUUUCGCAUGAAGGCACUGGUCCCGCCAGCGAGACUGAAAUCCUUAUAACUCCAACACCCAGCCAGCCCAACUGUUCCAGAACCUGCAGAAGCGCAUAUUAGACAAUCCCUUUGCUUUCGCCCAGCAGUGCUAUCAGACUCCGCUGCACUCGGCCUACUCGAACCCCUCUCCCAGAUGUGUGCGCCUCACUUCCUCAGCCGGCGAAAGUAGAGUACAGAGAGGCAAGCGACGAUCGUCAUUGGCGUUCAGCAGUAUUUCUUGUGUCUCUUUAAUAGCCUCCGCCUUAAUCCCCUCCUCCCCCCCUUCCACCUCACCACACUUUUAUUUACAAACAUUUUAUCCCCAUUCUUCAUCAAGGGAGCUCGUCAUCAUCAACCUUUUACAGUUUAUAUAAAUAUUAUAAAUUGAAUCCAAUACACCUCCCACAGUACUCUUAUCUCUCCAUCUUCCUCGUUCCUCACCAGCUACAUAGUCCCAUUUUAUUUUUCCCUUUCCCUUUUCCUUUUGUGUUUUCGUUCUUUGCUGCUCCGUCUGUGCCUUCUCUUCCAACCAGAAAGCAUUCACACCCCUCUUUUGGACCACCACUGACACCCACCGGGACUGGCGAAACUUCCCGCUUCAUCUUGACUACUCUAAUUUCUUGGAUCUGCCGUCCGGUUCCCGAGUCAUUUACUCCGUGUCUGCCUCUCAACACACACACGCCGUUCAACUAGCACAAGUACUAUCGCCGCAGCUCGGCCAAGAGCAGGGAAACAAGC